CGCGGCGCCCCCGACGCGCGGAGACAAAGAACCCCCGCCCCUCGCGCCGCAUGUAGGCCGCCGGGCGCGGGGUCUCGGACCGGGCGGGGUCCCUCUCUCCCCGCCUCCCCUCCGCCCCCGUAGGGGAGGUGCCGGCUUUGUGCUCGCCGCGCCGCAGCCCCCGCUGCCGCCGCCGCCAGCUCCACCAGCUCCGCCCUCCGGGCGCCGGCGUGCCAGCGCGGCUUUGUCCCAUCCAACACGGCCUCCGCGGCACCAUGAUCUCGACCAAGGAGAAGAAUAAAACCCCGAAGGACAGCAUGACGCUUCUGCCCUGCUUCUAUUUCGUGGAGCUGCCCAUAGUGGCAUCCUCCAUCGUGUCUCUCUACUUCCUGGAGCUGACUGACCUCUUCAAGCCGGCCAAGGUGGGUUUCCAGUGCUACGACCGCACGCUCUCCAUGCCCUACGUGGAGACCAGCGAGGAGCUUAUCCCGCUGCUCAUGCUCCUCAGCUUGGCCUUCGCUGCGCCGGCAGCCUCGAUCAUGGUGGGCGAGGGCGUGCUGUACUGCCUGCAGUCCCGGCUGUGGGGCCGCGGCGGGGGCCCAGGUGGGGCCGAGGGCAGCAUCCAUGCUGGCGGUUGCAACUUCAACUCCUUCCUUCGGCGGACGGUGCGCUUUGUGGGGGUCCACGUAUUUGGCUUGUGUGCCACGGCCCUGGUGACUGACGUCAUCCAGCUGGCCACGGGCUACCAUGCACCCUUCUUCCUGACCGUCUGCAAACCCAACUACACCCUGCUGGGCACAUCGUGUGAGGCCAACCCCUACAUCACGCAGGAUAUCUGCUCCGGCCAUGAUGCCCACGCCAUCCUGUCUGCUCGGAAGACCUUCCCAUCCCAGCACGCCACCCUGUCUGCCUUUGCAGCCGUCUAUGUGUCGAUGUACUUCAACUCUGUCAUCUCAGACACCACCAAGCUGCUGAAGCCCAGCCUGGUGUUCUCCUUUGCCAUUGCGGCGGGUGUCUGCGGCCUCACCCAGAUAACACAGUACCGGAGCCACCCUGUGGAUGUGUACGCCGGCUUCCUCAUUGGUGCUGGCAUCGCUGCCUACCUGGCUUGCCAUGCAGUGGGCAACUUCCAGGCCCCACCCUCGGAGAAGCCAGUAGCCCCGGCGCCUGCCAAGGAUGCACUGCGGGCACUGACCCAGCGGGGCCACGACUCGGUGUACCAGCAGAACAAGUCAGUGAGCACAGAUGAGCUGGGCCCGCCUGGGCGGCUGGAGGGUGUACCCCGGCCCGUGGCCCGUGACAAGACCUCACUGGGCAGCCUGAAGCGGGCCAGUGUGGACGUGGACCUGCUGGCCCCUCGCAGCCCCAUGGGCAAAGAAAACAUGGUGACCUUCAGCCACACGCUGCCCCGUGUCAGCACACCCUCGCUGGACGACCCAGCCCGCCGCCACAUGACCAUCCACGUGCCCCUCGAUGCCUCACGCUCCAAACAGCUCAUCAGCGAGUGGAAGCAGAAGUCACUGGAGGGCCGUGGCUUGGGGCUUCCAGAUGAGGCCAGCCCUGGGCACCUCCGACCACCCGCUGAGCCCAUGGCAGAGGAGGAGGAGGAAGAAGAAGAGGAGGACGAGGAGGAGGAUGAGGAGGAGGAGGGAGAGGAAGGCGGUCCGGCCCCACCUUCACUCUACCCUACUGUCCAGGCCCGGCCAGGGCUUGGGCCCAGGGUCAUUCUCCCUCCAAGGGCUGGUCCACAGCCACUGGUGCACAUCCCUGAGGAGGGGGCCCAGGCUGCAGCUAGCCUGUCCCCGAAGAGCAGUGCAGCGGUGCGUGCCAAGUGGCUCAUGAUGGCUGAGAAGAGCGGAGCCCCGAUGGCCGCAGCUUCUACCCAGCCUCGCGUGGCUAACCCACCCCGGCUGCUGCAGGUCAUUGCCAUGUCCAAGGCGCCAGGUGGGCCUGGCCCCAAGGUGGCUGAGACGGCCUCAUCCUCCAGUGCUAGCUCCGACUCUUCCCAGUACAGGUCACCUUCAGACCGCGACUCAGCCAGCAUUGUCACUAUUGAUGCGCAUGCUCCCCACCACCCUGUGGUCCACUUGUCUGCGGGUAAUGGCCCCUGGGAGUGGAAGGCAGCAGGUGGCGGGGCCAAGGGGGCAGAGUGCGAGGGCACCUAUGAGCUGGGGGACCUGGCCCGGGGCUUCCGUGGGGGGCCCAAGCCUUCAGGGGUGUCCCCAGGCUCAUCGGUUAGUGAUGUGGAUCAGGAAGAGCCACGGUUUGGGGCCGUGGCCACUGUCAACCUGGCCACUGGAGAGGGGCUGCCUCCCCUGGGCAUGGCUGAUGGGGCACUGGGGCCAGCAAGCCGGGAAUCAACGCUGCGGCGUAAAGCGGGCAGCUUGGCACUAGGUGAGCGCGAGGCCAUGGAGGCAGAGGCAGAAGGCUAUUAUCGCAAGCUGCAGGCAGCCCGCAGGUUCAAGGACUGAGGGGUUGGGGGUGGGUAUUGGGGAGGGCAGUGCAGGUGGGUGGAGGGUGUGGGUGCCUUUUCCCCACUGGAUAAUAAAAGGGGGUGCUGCAGUGUGGCUUUGUCAUUUGUCAACUGGGGGGGCUGCACAGUGGGAUGGGGUCCCCCCCACCAAAAGCCCCAAGGGAAGAGUGAAGGAGACAGAUGGGCUGAAUUUGCAGAGACAGCAUUGAAACAAACAGGCCCAAUAAAGAGGGAAAAUCAAGUGCAGGGUACAGAGAGUUUAUUCAAAGUCCGGUACAGACUGGCCAAACCACCUUCUACAAUGUGGACAGGAAAAAAGAGCCUACAGAAAAGGUAGGAGUUGUUAUAAAAUUGCUUUAAUUCAGUUCUCUCUGCAUUACAAGCCGGCGGUGGGCAGUGGACUGCCAUGCUCCGUACAAUACUGGGCCUGUAAUUGCUGUUAUCAAAAUAUACAUCUGUGUCACCGUAAAAAACCGCAUUUGCUGCUGCCUCUCACGUCUUACAACAGGUAUAAAAAAUUAUAAAUAUUUACACCCUUGUUCCACCCCACACGGAAAUUGGAGGUCCAGGCCCCAAAGGGGGGAGCUGACCAGCACAAGGUCUGCACAGGGAGCCCCCUGGACCCGGAUGCAGGACGAGGCACUAAGACGGAAGGGCAGCUGCCCCACCUCCUGGGGUCCCAGCAAUAGAGGCAGACAUGAAGCAGAAACAAAACUUUGGUCCAAAA